CGAUACAUCUUUCUUUUGCUUCCGGCUGUCACUUUGUGCGGUUGUUACACGUGAAUUUUUCGCGAAAAAUAACAAUUUGAUAAAUAAAUAUGGAUAAACCAGUUGUUUGGGCACGCGUAAUGAAAGUCUUGGGCCGUACUGGAUCCCAGGGUCAAUGUACACAAGUGAAAGUGGAAUUCAUCGGUGAACAAAACCGUCAAAUCAUCCGCAACGUCAAGGGACCCGUUCGCGAAGGUGAUAUCCUCACUCUGCUGGAGUCUGAACGUGAAGCGAGAAGACUUCGCUAGAAACGAUGGGUGGAAAAGCCAAUUUAUUCAUUUCAGCUGGCGUACGGAAUGCAGUUAUGAAAAAAUUAAAUGUAUAUACCAAAUAGUAAUGCAAUGAAUAAACAGGUUUUUCAAUAAUAAAACAAAAAAAAAA